AUGAAGUUUGCGGUGGGUCCGCGUGGCGAGUCGCUGCCGCAUGGCCAGUCCGGGACGCUGCCGCACUUCCUGCUGGAGCCGAUCAACGCCUACAUCGUCAAGAACAACCCCAUAAAGCUGCGCUGUCAGGCCCGGCCGGCUUUACAGAUCUUCUUCAAGUGUAAUGGAGAGUGGGUGCACCAGAGCCAGCACAUGUCCCAGGAGCACACCGACGCUGGAACAGGACUGAAGAUCCGUGAGGUGAUGAUCAACGUGUCCCGGCAGCAGGUGGAGGACUUCCACGGCCCGGAGGAUUACUGGUGUCUGUGUGUGGCCUGGAGCCACUUGGGAACCUCCAAGAGCCGCAAGGCAACUGUCCGCAUCGCCUACCUGAGAAAGAACUUCGAGCAGGACCCCCAGGCCUCCGAGGUGCCUCUAAACGGGAUGAUCGUCCUGCACUGCCGGCCCCCAGAGGGAGUGCCCGCAGCCGAGGUGGAAUGGCUGAAAAACGACGAUGCCAUAGACGAUGACGGAGUGAUCAAUACUCGAGGCGACCAUAACCUCAUCAUAACAGAAGCUCGACUGUCGGACUCUGGGAACUACACGUGUGCGGCCAGCAACAUCGUGGCCAAGCGACGGAGCGCCACUGCGACGGUGGUGGUGUACGUGAACGGAGGAUGGUCGAUGUGGACGGACUGGUCUCCCUGUAACGUGCGCUGUGGUCGCGGCGUGCAGAAACGCUCGCGCUCCUGCACCAACCCCGCUCCUCUGAACGGAGGGACCUUCUGCGAGGGCAUGUCGGUGCAGAAGAGCACCUGCAACAUUCUCUGCCCAGUGGACGGCGGCUGGGGGGAGUGGAGCGAGUGGACCCUGUGUAACGUGGACUGUGAGCGGCAGAGGUCCAGAGAGUGCACUGCUCCUGAGCCCAAACACGGAGGACGGCUGUGCGACGGCGUGGCCCUGUCCGCCGAGAACUGCACUGGAGGAGAGUGCACUCAGGUGCUGCAUAAUCUUCAUGAUCCAAAGCCACAAGGCGUGGAGGGCGGCAGUGACGUGGCGCUGUACUCGGGCCUGGCCGCCGGCGUGGUCACGGUGGUGGUGCUGAUCGUGGCCGUGACGCUCUACAGACGGAGCCAGAGUGAAUACGGGGUGGACGUCAUCGACUCCUCUGCGCUCACCGGGGGGUUCCAGUCGUUCACAUUCAAAACAUCUCGCCAAGCCAACCCUCUCCUCAUCAACUCAUCUAUGCAGGCAGAUCUGACCGUGUCGCGCACCUACACCAGCCCCAUGUGUUUCCAGGACUCCAUCGACAAGGAGCUGAUGGCAGAACGCUUGCUCCUGGAUCCUAUGCCCGACAUCAAAGUCAAAGGAGUCACGGAGCAGACAGAGUACCCCAUCAUGUCCCAUCCACAGACCUUUCCCAGGGGUCUGGCUCCGGACUACAGAGCGAUACAAGUGGGGCCGACGUUUGGCAGGAGAGGAAAGAAUCUCUUCAACGCUCCGGUCUCGCAGUGGACGAGUAAACCUGUGCACAGAACGUCUGCGGUGUUCGGCCACGCAGGAGGAAAGCUGGUGGUGCCAAACACAGGCAUCAGUCUCCUGGUGCCACACGGAGGGAUCGCAGAAGACACGACAUGGGAAAUGUACAUGAUUAUCAGCCAGGAGGACAGCAGUGCUCUCUCUGAAGACGGAGCAGAGAUCUUCCUCAGUCCCUCGGUCUCAUACGGCCCCGCUGGCCUGGACCUGUCCUGCCCUAUAGCCAUGACCAUAGCUCAUUGUGCCGAGACCUCUGUCAAUUGGACAGUUCGGCUAAAGAGACGUGUCUUGGACAAGUGGGAGGAAGUGGUGUCCGUGGAGGAGGAGAGUACGAGCUGCUACUGUCUGCUGGAAGCUCAGAAUUGCCAUGUGCUUUUGCAGCAGCCAGGACAGUAUGCUCUUGUGGGAGAACCACUGAACCAGGACGCAGCCAAGAGACUACAGCUGGCAGUGUUCGGGAGCCCGGACCCCAGCAACGCUCUGGGCUUCACCCUCAGGGUCUACUGCCUGGAUGACACACCGUAUGCCUUUCAGGAAAUGGCAGUGGAAGAGCAGAGCCAAGGCGGCCGUCUGCUGGAAGAACCCAAAAAGAUAGUGUUCCGGGGAAACAAGAACAGUCUCCAGGUGUCCAUCCAGGACGUCCCACAGCUGCUCUGGACCAUCAAGCCUUUCACCACCUGCCAGGAGUUCAGCUUUUCUCAGGUGUGGACUGCUCACCAGCGCCCCCUGCAGUGUGCCUUCUCUCUCGAGCGCUACAGCCACCACUCGUCCACUCACGUCUCCUGCAAGAUCAGCGUCAGGCAGGUCCAAGGUGACGAGCAGCUCCUACAGAUCUACACGUCGGUUCUGGAGAACGAAAAGGGAGUGGUACCGUUCUGCAGCCAGGCGGACUGCAGCGUCACCUCUCAGACGGGGUCAAGGGCCUUUAAAAUCCCUCCGUCCAUUCGAGGGGGUGAGAGUGGUUGGGGCGAGAAAAGCUGGACGCAUGUGGAGAAGGGCCGGGAGGGAUUGGGGACGGGGAGGCUUAAGAGUAAGGGCCGGUGCACGAAGGUGGGGUAG